AUGAAGGGGCCUUUCUUUCGCAGUGGCCCUUGUCAUGGUGAGACUUUUGGUUGCUUCCAUGAUAAUGGAAAGGGGAGUGGUGAGGAGGGCCCCUUUACACUCUUUUUGGAAACAACAUUCAUGUCAAUAAAUGCCCGUCCAGGUCUCAUUAGUCAGAUAAGACUUUUGUGCCACCAGUUCUUGUUGUUUACUGUCUGGUUGUCCAGUUUCCAAAACGUAGAGGCAUUGCAUAUGCCCCCAGGGACUAGCCAUAUCUCUUCCACUUCUGAGCUAGCUAGCCCUCCUACUACUGGAUUCUUUGAACCAAUAGAAAUAUCUCCUUCUGUUUUUCCACACUUUCCUUUUCCAGGUGAAACUUUUCCACCAAUGUAUCCUUCCUUUCCAACCACCUAUAAUCCUGUCUUGACCGGAAGAUGUCCUGUAAAUUUUUCUGCCAUUUCAAUGCUCAUGGAGAAAACAGCAUCGGAUUGUUGUGAACUUUUAGCUGCACAAGUAGGAAAUGUAAUAUGUUGCCCACAAGUCGGUAGUUUACUCCGCGUAUUCCAGGGAUUCUACAGCACCAGUUCUGAUAAAUUAGUUUUGCAAAAUGCGGUGGCUGAUGAUUGUUUUAAAGAUAUCAUCAGUAUAUUAUCCAGCAGAGGAGCAAACAGCUCAAUACCUACUAUCUGCUCUAUAAAAUCAUCAAAUCUUACUGGUGGUGCUUGUCCUGUGAAGGAUAUAACCAGUUUUGAAAAAAUAGUAAACACAAGCAAAUUAUUGGAGGCUUGCAGCACUGUUGAUCCUCUUAAAGAGUGUUGCAGACCAAUUUGCCAGCCUGCAAUUAUGGAGGCUGCACUUCAGAUCUCAGGCAUGCAAUCCAUGAUCAACGAUAACAAAGACCUAAUUGGAGGGCCUACUCAUAUUGACACUUUAAAUGAUUGUAAAGGAGUGGUGUAUUCAUGGCUUUCUAGGACACUCUCAUUUGAUGCUGCUAAUACUGCUUUCCGAAUAUUAUCUGCUUGCAAAGUUAACAAAGUUUGUCCUUUGGAAUUUAAGCAGCCAUCAGAAGUGAUUAAAGCAUGCCGUAAUGUAGCUGCUCCCAGUCCUUCAUGUUGUAGCUCAUUAAAUACCUACAUUGCUGGUAUACAGAAGCAAAUGUUAAUUACGAAUAGACAAGCGAUACUAUGCGCUACAGUAUUUGGUUCCAUGCUACAGAAGGGUGGGGUUAUGACAAAUGUUUAUGAGCUUUGUGAUGUUGACUUGAAAGAUUUUAGUCUACAAGCAAAUGGACAACAAGGGUGUCUGCUUCGAAGCUUGCCUGCAGAUGUGGUAUAUGACAAUUCAACCGGCUACAGCUUUAUUUGUGACUUGAGUGACAAUAUUGCAGCGCCAUGGCCUUUGUCAUCUUCUAUGUCAUCCUUGUCUCUGUGUGCGCCUGAGAUGUCAUUGCCUGCACUACCAACAUCACAGACUUUGGGAAACCCUGGUUGUAGAGGUGCUGAGUUAGAUUUCCUAGUACCCAUUUUUUCAUUUUUUGUUCUCUGUACGUUAUUUUACUGAAGAUAUUUGGUGGAAGCUGAGCGAGUUUGAAUUAGAGGCUUCUGGAGAUUGACUGUGUGGCGAGAUUACAUCUUUAUUUCUUUAAGUCAUGUAUAGCUGGGUUUUUUUUUUUCCUAAUUUUUUUUUAAGAUUGGCUUGAUGUCUCUCGCUAGAGAAGUAUGACAUGUAUUGAUCCCCAGCAUUUUGACGGAUCAAUCCUUUGCUGGUAGGGAGCUCUUUGAGACCUCACUAGCUGGUGAAAGGGCAAAUACUGGAGCUAUGAAUUGCUCGUGUACGCGCAUAUCGUGUUUAGAAGAGUAAUGGCAUCAAAGAAUUUCAUCUCGAUUAAGGGUAAUGGCAUCAAAG